ACCUGAAGAACGUGAGUGUGUCGUACGAUAAGGUGUACGACAAUGUGGUAGGGAAGCGAGACGAGCGGCUGAGUGUAGUGGAGUUUCUUCAGGACGGCACCAGGAAGGACGGAGCUCAAGAUCAUGAACCUACGAGACGCUGGUUCACUGUCCACGAAGAAAUGGGAAGAG